AUGGCGCCCAACAACGAUCAGCUUCCUCUCGACGUGAAUUAUGCGAAAGUAGCGGAAUGGAUGAUCAUCAUCUCAAAGGCAGAGGAAGCGGCGCAAUCCUUGCCAGCGCACGUCAAGAGCCAAUCAGAGAGCUCUGCUCAUGACUACUCAGCUGCAAAGCACAUACGCGACAUCCUCGCAUCCACCUCAGAGAAGAGCCUGUUUGGAAGUCUUGUGGGACCGGCUGGUGUCUGGGACAAGAUCGUCCGCGCCUAUGAGAAAGACAAUGUGUACCUGGGGGAAUGUUCCCUCACGCUGGCACGGAACGUGGACUAUGAAGUCCCUUUCUUCAAGCGCCAGAAGGCCAAGUACCAGCAGCAGCUUGUGGACCUGGAGCGCAAGCAGACAGAGCACUUGCACAGCGCAGCGCUUGCUGCUCGGGCAUACCAGCAGGAGUGUGAGGGGAUGGGCAUUCAAGGCGUGAGGAUAAGGUCAGAGCUGCGCUCUCUUGUGAAGGAACUUCCAGGCACCUUCCUCGAGGUUGGUCAGAGACUGCAGUCCAAGAGUGUGUCAGAGGCAACGCAGUACUACAUACAGUUCUUGGCCAGCACUUCCACAGCGACAGGCUCGGCGGCAGAGCUGCUGCCGACACUCACAGCGGUGUGCGAGGCGGACCUAGCGGCUGACCUGGCAGCGGCACAGUCGCAGCCAGACACAGCCGAGGCGGCUGCAGUGACAGCAAGCAAAGAGGCACGCAGCCAGGAGACUACUUCUCCUAGCCAGGAUGCGGGGAGUGAGGGAGCAGGCCAGCAGUCCAGCACGGAUGGUCUAGGGGAGAUCAGCUGGGACAUUGAUCUGAGCGCUGUUGGAGAUGCCACACCUGACGAGGCAGGACCCAGUGCUGCCAUCGACUGGGACAUUGAUGUAACUGAGGCAGCAGAGGCAGCAGACCAUGGAGAGGGGACCCCACAGGUCAAUGGCAGCGGGCUAGUCUGCGACACUUCAUCAGCACAGAGUGGUCCAGGAGGUAUGCUGGGACGGCUGGUGAGUGAUGGAGAGCUGCGCAGCAGUCUGCUUGAUGAGCUGCACGAGCUCAGUGCCUUCCUACGCUCAAGGGCUUCUGAGCUCACGUCCUCAAGCAGCAGCUUCCUGGCGGACACACCUAAUGCCCUGCAGGAUUUGUCAGCCGGCACAGUGAAUGGUUGGCUGCAGGAGCUGGAGAGUGCAAUCAGCCAGAUGACAAGCCCCAGGACUGCGCAGCUCCUGCUGUACAAGACAUCGGAUCGAUACCUCGAUCGUGUCACAGCUGAUCUGCAACAGAAGGCUGGGCAGGAGAAGAAGUUUCGCAGGAUGGCUCAGGAAGUGGAAGGCCGCAGGCAGGCGCUGCAGGGAAAUCUUUCGGAUGAUGCAUGCAAGCUGGAUGCUGUGCUGCAGAGGACCAGGGACAUCAAGGGCUUGGUUGAGGAUGCCCUGUCGCAGCAAUUCAACAGGCGUGUGCUUGUAGUCGGGGAGAUCAAUAAUGCUUUGGAUUAG